GACGCUUUCUCAAUCCCAUUUGGAAGAGAAUACUCUUCCCGUAUCGAAUCCUUGUCUCGGUUGCUCUUGCAAUUUCUAACGCUCUGUUUGUUCCUCCUUUUCGAAGCCUUGGAUUCGAUUUUGCGCUACUGUUCUGAUCUCCUCAUCUUCACCUUUUGCCGAUUCUCCCUUUCCGUCUCCGAACAAGAUUUUCAAUCCCAUCCACGGAGCAGGAGCACGAGUAGAGCUUCGAUCAGAUUCUCUGUUUUCCACUCCAAUCAUGGCGUCUACUGAUGUUCUUAAACGACAAGAGAAUCGCUUUACAUUUCCCUCUCUCAGUGAUCCACUCAAAGGUGAUAUGGAUUCUCGGGAUAUGUCAAUCGAGAAGAAGAUAGAAUUUCUGGAGAGCUUGACAGGGAAGGUUACUAAUAGGAAGACUCGUAGAUGGUUAAAUGAUCGUCUUUUGAUGGAGCUUGUUCCUCGUUUGAAUGCUGAAGAAAUUAGAGGCUUGUUUGCUCCACCACCUUGGGGUGACAAUGUACGGCCCACAACAUUCUCCACGACUAAUGCAGGAGACUGGGACAAGUUUAGGAGUAUUGACAUGGAUAAAGAGGCUAAGUUCAUUGGAGUCUUGGAGAACUCAUCCAUUAAGAGAAAGGGUCAUAUUGAUGCAGACAAAGUGGCUUUCUUGAAUGCCUGGCGCAGAAUUGAGUGUCAAACGAGAGAAGCACUUCGCCGUAGCUUUCUUCCAGAGCUUGUCGAAGCUUUUGAGAAUAGCAUAAGAUCAUUCGUUUUGGACAGUAGUAAAGAAGAUGUCCUAACGUUGCGGGUUCGAGACCCAUUCCGCAGAUUAUUGCUACAUGGAGUUUGUGAGGUCGAUGCGUUCACUGACACUCCCUUCAAGGGAAAUCCGGCGGCUGUUUGUCUAUUAGAGGAAGAAAAAGAUGAUAAAUGGCUGCAGGAUUUGGCCGCUGAGUUCAAUAUCUCAGAGACGAGUUAUUUGGUUCGCAUAAACGAGGAAGAAGAAACCGAUGGUUCGCUCAAGCCGCCCAAGUUUGGCCUCAGAUGGUUCACUCCUGUUACUGAGGUUAACCUCUGUGGUCAUGCAACAUUGGCGGCUGCACACACACUCUUCUCAACUGGUUUAGUAAAUUCAGACAUCAUUGAGUUUUCAACGCUUUCAGGAAAACUAACUGCUAAAAGGGUUCCGGAGGUCAAGCCAAAUGGGGUUUCCAAUGUCCAUAACGGUGAAGCACACGAGAGUUACUUUAUUGAAUUGGAUUUUCCAGCAAUCUCGUCGAUUGAAGUCGAUUCUGCUGAUGUUUCUUCAGUCUCCCAAGCGUUGAAUGUUGCUUCUAUGAUUGACAUAAGGAUGACUGUCUCAAAGAAUUUGGAUAAUAUCUUGGUUGUUCUUCCUUCAGAAAAAGAAGUAAUAGAUUUUGAACCUAACUUUGAUGAGAUACGAAAGUGUCCCGGAACUGGGGUAAUCAUAACUGGAGCACCUCUUGGUGAUUCAAAGUUUGAUUUUUAUAGCCGAUUCUUCUGCCCCAAAUAUGGGAUCAACGAGGACCCUGUAUGUGGUAGUGCACAUUGCUCCUUGGCAGUCUAUUGGGCCAAAAAGUUGGGAAAAUCUGAUUUUGUGGCUUAUAUGGCAUCACCUAGAAGUGGAAUAUUGAAUAUCCAUCUAGACGAGCAGAAAAAGAGAGUUCUGUUGCGAGGGAAAGCUAUUACUACCAUGGAAGGUGUUGUUUUAGUUUGAAGCUUUGGCGUUAGAUGUCACAAUCAUGCUCGUCCAAAGCGUGUUGCCCAUGGCCAUCCCAUGACAAGCCCAACCUUGUAUGUCUUUUCAUAUUCUAGUGUUUUACUUUUGUAUUUCUAAGAAGAAUGACGUUUCAGAAAUAUCAUAUCUAGGCCCGUUAGACAUGAAAUGCCCUUAUGUCUUUUCAUAUUCUAGUGUUUUACUUUUGUAUUUCUAGGAAGUAUGACGUUUCAGAAAUAUCAUGUCUAAGUUAGACAUGAAAUGUCCCAGAAUGUAUUAUUGGGGGAUACAACUAGUUGUCAACUUCUCCCUAUCUAAGGUUAUAUAUUGUGAGCCGUUGUUAUUUC